AUGAACGAGUCAGGACUUGAUCCUGGCAUUGAUCACAUGCUUGCCAUGCAAUGCAUCGACAACGUCAAGGAACAUGGCGGAAAAGUGACCUCGUUUGUGAGUUUCUGCGGCGGUCUUCCAGCUCCGGAAUCUUCAGAAAACCCGCUUCGAUACAAAUUCAGUUGGAGUCCGAAGGGUGUUUUCAUGGCACUAAUGAACGGAGCACAAUAUCUGCACAAUGGUGAAGUGGUCAAGAUUGGUGGCAAUUGUGAGGUGCUGGAUAAUCUUUACCCGAUCGGCUUUAUGCCUGGUUUCAACUUCGUCGGAUACCCAAAUCGAGAUUCGACUAAAUAUGCAUCCAUCUAUGGACUGAGUUCAGAAUGCAAAACUCUCCUAAGAGGAACACUCAGAUACAGGGGUUUCGCAGAUACAGUGAAGGCGUUGAAUAAACUCGGAUUGUUGAACGAUGAGCGCAGUGAAACGUUUAACUCAGCGAUCGGACCCGACCUCUCAUGGGUACAAUACAAAUACUGGCAACACUGUUGA